AUGCCAGGAAGAGUGCCCGGUACGGUCCUACGGUCCUCAGUGCAGGCUGGGGUGUGAUUAUCACUAAAUCUCUCUCUCUUCCCCCCUCCCUCUCCUCUCUAGAUGCCAGGAGGAGUGCCCGGUACGGUCCUACAGUCCUCAGUGCAGGCUGAGGUGUGAUUAUCACUAAAUCUCUCUCUCUUCCCCCCUCCCUCUCCUCUCUAGAUGCCAGGAGGAGUGCCCGGUGGGGUCGUACGGUCCUCAGUGCAGCCUGCUGUGUGACUGUCAGAACGGUGCUAAGUGUUACCAUAUCAAUGGGGCAUGUCUGUGUGACACAGGCUUUAAAGGACCUCACUGUCAGGAGAGGUUCUGUCCUCCAGGCCUGUACGGACUCAUCUGUGACAAGUACUGCGCCUGUAACGCCUCCAACACUGUCAGGUACGUGGGACAUUACACAGAUAGAAUAUUUUCCAGAAAUCCCGGUUGGAAGAUUCCCAUAAUAUGCUAAAGUAGAGAAAAUUAGAAAGGGGGCAAAUAAUACUAAUAAUACUACUAAUAAUACUAAUACUAAUACUACUAAUACUACUACUACUACUACUACUACUACUACUACUACUACUACUACUACUACUACUACUAAUAAUAAUAAUAAUAAUAAUAAUAAUAAUAAUAAUAAUAGUAAUAAUAAUAUAUCAGUUUCAGGAGGGAAUAAGCAGGGAAUCCGGAAUUCACCAAGAAGGAUUUCUGGAAAACCUGGGAAUUCUGGAAAAGUUACAGAAAGUUUGCAUUUCUACACAGGUGAUUUGUUGAACCACGUUUGCUUCAUGAGCAGCCUGACCUAGGGCCUGCCCUGAAGACUUGGUAUUAGCUUUCAGAAUCACCUUUCAUUUCAUCUCAUUUGUAAGCCAGCAGCACAUUUCUAAGCCAGGACACCUGUCUUAUCUGUGUCAUGGAGGAAUGUUCAGCAGCAUUCAUUGCUAAUUAGUGCUGAGCGAUUAGUGCUUUUUGAGGUCGGUUUCGGUUCGAUUAUAAAACAAUUAUCACAGUUUUCGAUGUUUGUUUCCGAAACUUUCUUUUUAAACUUUAAAUGCACUAUGCAUUAUGUGGGUUUGAACGCUGCAACACUGAAUAAAACAAUUAGUAAAAGUCCCGUGAUGAUAGUGACUGUCCAUUACUGCUGAUCACUGCAUUAACCAUCAGUUAUUCACAUUACUUUACUUUAAUAAAAUAUUAGUUUUAUUUGAUGACUUUAUUAUUUCAUUCCAAGUCAUCAUCUCAUCUCUAUAGAGCUGCUGCCUGUGAUGUCUGACUAAAUCACUAUUUUAGUAGUUCUUCAAAGUAAAUAAGGCAGACUUGUAUGACCGCUGAAUACCAAAUAUCAAAUCACUUAGACCAGGGGUAGGCAACCCAGGUCCAGGUCCUGUUCAUGUUUUGGAUUUAUCCGACCCGGAAGACCAGGUGUGUUGAAUUUAGGCAACCAUUGAACUGAUCGAUUUGGUGCGUAGUUGGAACAAAAUCCUGCGGUGGGCCUCCAGGAACAGGGUUGCUCUCCCCUGACUCAGGUCAUGUAUUUUCAGGCUCGCGAAGCAACUGCUCUCUAUCCCUCUCCAUCGCAAGUUCUCUCUGCAAGUUUAAACAGGCGCGCAAUGGAUUAUGGUCAUUGUAGUUAAUUAUCACGUUUUCUGCGCUAAACUAUGUAGAAUAUUGGCCUGUUGGAAACUACAUCUCCCUAGUACAUCGCCCAGUUCGGGCUGGAUCUCUAGAGAAACUGUGCAAUAUGCGCAUUGAGCUCACAGAAAAAAACCUAACGAAAUGGAAUUCAAAUAAUUGAACCGAUGUUGGUCAAGUAGUUGUUUUAAAAAAUGAUACAUUUGGGUUAAUUGCUCAGCGCUAUUGCUAAUGCAGUGUUAAUGCUCUGAUGCUGUUCCAGGAACAGGGGAGGGGAAAAGGGAUACCUUCUCCCUCUGAGUUCAUAGGAGCACACUUUAUAUAGGAGCACAGGAGCACACUUUAUAUAGGAGCACAGGAGCACACUUUAUAUAGGAGCACAGGAGCACACUUUAUAUAGGAGCACACUUUAUAUAGGAGCACAGGAGCACACUUUAUAUAGGAGCACAGGAGCACACUUUAUAUAGGAGCACAGGAGCACACUUUAUAUAGGAGCACAGGAGCACACUUUAUAUAGGAGCACAGGAGCACACUUUAUAUAGGAGCACAGGAGCACACUUAUAUAGGAGCACAGGAGCACACUUUAUAUAGGAGCCAGGACACUUUAUAUAGGAGCACAGGAGCACACUUUAUAUAGGAGCACAGGAGCACACUUUAUAUAGGAGCACAGGAGCACACUUUAUAUAGGAGCACAGGAGCACACUUUAUAUAGGAGCACAGGGGCACACUUUAUAUAGGAGCACACUUUAUAUAGGAGCACAGGAGCACACUUUAUAUAGGAGCACACUUUAUAUAGGAGCACACUUUAUAUAGGAGCACAGGAGCACACUUUAUAUAGGAGCACAGGAGCACACUUUAUAUAGGAGCACACUUUAUAUAGGAGCACAGGAGCACAACUUAUUAGGAGCAAAUUUAUAUAGGAGCACAGGAGACAACUUUUAUAGGAGCCACACUUUAUAUAGGAGCACAGGAGCACCACUUAUUAGGAGCACAGGAGCAUAGCACACUUUCUUUAGGAGCACACUAUAUAUAGGAGCACAGGAAAGAACACUUAUAUAGGAGCACAGGAGCACACUUAUAUAGGAGCACAGGAGCCACACUUUAUAUAGGAGGCACAGGAAGCACACUUUAUAUAGGAGCACAACUUUAAUGGAGCACACUUUAUAUAGGAGCAAGGAGCACACUUUAGAUAGGAGCACAGGAGGUCACACUUUAUAUAGGAGCACCACUUUAUAUAGGAGACCAGGAGCCCAUUUUAUAUAGGAGCCACAUUUAUAUAGGAGCACCUUUAUAUAGGAGCACGGAGCACACUUUAUAUAGGAGCACACUAUAUAUAGGAGCACAGGAGCACACUAUAUAUAGGAGCACACUAUAUAUGGGAGUACACUGUAUAUAGGAGCACUUUGGUCAAGAUGGAUGGAUGAAUUGCUGUCGGCUUGGGGCUCACUGUUUCACUCUCUCUGCAGAUCUCUCACCAUGGCCUACUGUGGUUCUGUAAAAAGGGCUUUAUAGAUAACAUUUGACUGAUUGACUGAUCAACUGAUUGAUUGAUUAAUCAGGUUGAUUCUGCUCUAGCUGUCACCCCCUGUCAGGUGAGUGCGCCUGUACGGCAGGAUGGGCGGGGCUCUACUGCAACGAGACCUGUCCACCUGGUUACCACGGCGACGGAUGCAGGUUGCCAUGCAGCUGUUCCCACGGGGCCGACUGUCACGGAGUCACUGGGGCCUGCGUCUGUGCCCCUGGUUACAUGGUGAGUUCUUCUUCUUCUUCUUCCAGAGAGUGUCCACUAAGUGUGCUGACUUCCUAUUUAAUUGACCAAUUGGACCAUCCAGUAGAACACGCCACUUACCCAAUAGAUGAGCACUUUAGUCCCAGGUCCCUGAGUGGCUAGAACAAUAGCAGAGCACUAAUCUGGGUCCCUGUGGCUAAGCCAAUAGGAAAGCGCUUUAGUUCUAGGUCCCUGAGUGGCUAAACCAAUCACUAGGCCAGUAAUAUUGAGUUAAAGGAGACAUUUUAUUUUUUACAACCAAAUAUCAAUUUUUGAUGUAAAUGGCAUGUUAUAGAAAGGUCCAGACACCCUUUUUGUGAUUUCACUUGUUUUUGCUAAACUUACCCCAAACAGCGAAUCACUUUCUCAUCCUCGUUGUGUAGUAUGGAAAAAACAUGGACAAAGGCUCCAAAAACACCCAAAUAUGUUAUUUUAGAAACGGAAACGUCUCAGUAUAGUGAUGCAGGUCUUUAGAUAUUGGACACAUGAAAUGGUGUCAUUCUGAACUUUAUACGCAAGUUAAAUUGCUAUACAAAUUGAUGGAAAGUGGUGUUGGGGGAAAAACAUACGACAUUAUAAAAUCCAUGUACACAAACAACAAGUGUGCGGUAAAAAUUGGCAAAAAACACACACGUUUCUUUCCACAGGGCCGUGGGGUGAGACAGGGAUGCAGCUUAAGCCCCACCCUCUUCAACAUAUCAACUAAUUUGCGUGGGUCCUAGAUCAGUCUGCAGCACCCGGCCUCACCCUACUAGAAUCUGAAGUCAAAUGUCUACUGUUUGCUGAUGAUCUGGUGCUUCUGUCCCCAACCAAGGAGGGCCUACAGCAGCACCUAGAUCUUCUGCACAGAUUCUGUCAGACCUGGGCCCUGACAGUAAAUCUCAGUAAGACAAAAAUAAUGGUGUUCCAAAAAAGGUCCAGUUGCCAGGACCACAAAUACUAAUUCCAUCUAGACACCGUUGCCCUAGAGCACACAAAAUACUAUACAUACCUCGGCCUAAACAUCAGCACCACAGGUAACUUCCACAAAGCUGUGAACGAUCUGAGAGACAAGGCAAGAACGGCCUUCUAUGCCAUCAAAAGAAACAUAAAACUCAACAUACCAAUUAGGAUCUGGCUAAAAAUACUUGAAUAAGUUAUAGAACCCAUUGCCCUUUAUGGUUGUGAGGUCUGGGGUCCGCUCACCAACCAAUAAUUCACAAAAUGGGACAAACACCAAAUUCAGACUCUGCAUGCAGAAUUCUGCAAAAAUAUCCUCUGUGUACAACGUAAAACACCAAAUAAUGCAUGCAGAGCAGAGUUAGGCCGAUACCCGCUAAUGAUCAAAAUCCAGAAAAGAGCCGUUAAAUUCUACAACCACCUAAAAGGAAGCGAUUCCCAAACCUUCCAUAACAAUGCCAUCACCUACAGAGAGAUGAACCUGGAGAAGAGUCCCCUAAGCAAGAUUGUCCUGGGGCUCUGUUCACAAACACGAACAGACCCCACAGAGCCCCAGGACAACAACCCAAUAAGACCCAACCAAAUCGUGAGAAAACAGAAAGAUAAUUACUUGACACAUUGGAAAGAAUUAACAAAAAAACAGAGCAAACUAGAAUGCUAUUUGGCCCUAAACAGAGAGUCCAUAGUGGCAGAAUACCUGACCACUGUGACUGACCCAAACUUAGGGAAAGCUUUGACUAUGUACAGACUCAGUGAGCAUAGCCUUGCUAUUGAGAAAGGCCGCCGUAGGCAGACCUGGCUCUCAAGAGAAGACAGGCUAUGUGCACACUGCCCACAAAAUGAGGUGGAAACUGAGCUGCACUUCCUAACCUCCUGCCAAAUGUAUGACCAUAUUAGAGACACAUAUUUCCCACUUGAUCACACAGACCGACAAAUAAUUAGAAAACAAAUCAAACAUUGAUAAACUCCCAUAUCUGUUAGGCGAUAGAUUUGUGACCCAUUGCCAUGACAACAGGGAAACCAGUGGAGCACAAACAUUGUAAAUAAAACCCAUAUUUAUGUGUUCAUUUAUCUUCCCCCAUUAUUCAUACUACAACUAUUUGCACAUGGUUAAAAACACUGUACAUAGCUGAUAAUAACAUUUGAAACGUCUUUAUCCUGUUGAAUCCUUGAUGAUGUCAUGUUUACUGGACAUUUUGUUGUUUUUUUGUUGUUGUUUUUUGUUUUUUCUCACUUUUGUUUAUUGUUUAUUUCACUAGCUUUGGCAAUGUAAACAUAUCUUUCCCAUGCCAAUAAAGCCCCUUUGAAUUUGAGAGAGAGAGAGAGAGAGAGUAAGAGAGGGAGGAGGAAGAGGAGAGAGAGGAGGAGGGAGGGAGAGAGGAGAGAGGAGAGGAGCGAGAGAGAGAGAGAGAGAGAGGGAGGGAGAGAGGGAGAGAGAGAGGAGAAGAGAGAGGAGAGAGGAUGAGGGGAGGAGAGAGAGAGAUGAGAGAGAGGGGAGGAGAGGGACGAGGGAGGAGAGAGAGGAAGAGGAGAGCAUGGAGAGGAGGGACGGAGUGGAGAGAGAGAGAGAGGGGUAAGGAGGAGAGAAGAGAGAGAGAGAGAGAAGGGGGGGGGGGAGAGGGGAGAGAGAGAGAGAAGAGAAGAGAAGGGGAGGAGAGAGGAGAAGAGGAGAGAGGAUGGUAAGAGAGAAGAGAGAGAGAGAUGGAGGAGAGAGGAGAGAUGAGAGAGAGGAGAGAUGAGAGAGAGAGAGAGAGGAGAGCGAGAGAGAUGGAAGAGAGAGAUGAGAGGGAAGGGAGAGAGACAGAGAGAGGGGAGAGAGAGAGAGAGAGGGGACAGCAGAGAGAGGACAGAGAGAGAGACUGAGAGAGGAGAGGAGAAGGGAUGAGAGGAAGAGAGAGAGGAAGAGAAGAGACAAGAGAGAGAGAGAGAGGAGAGAGAGAUUGCUGAGAGCGAGAGAAACAGUACUGUACCCAGGAUGCAGCCAAAUCAUCUGUGUCUCAGUGACCCGCCAAUCCUUCCUUUAACCAUGAGGCAAGGCAACCAGUUAGUACCUGUUGGUAGGGGAUAUUGAGAUGAAACCUCUUCUCCUCACUCUUCCUAUCACCAGUCUCUUCUUCCUCCGCCGCCGAGGCAUCCGCCGGAGCAGCCGCCACCGCGGACAGGCCGCGCCGCCCAAGACUGCGCUAGCAAGCCAACUGCCAACAGCCCUCGCGCGCCGCAACCGCCGGCGCCGCGCCACACGCGACCGCCGCAGAAGCCCGGAGUCAGACGCCACAGCCGCCGCCGCACAGAUAACCGCAGCACGCAGCCGCCACCGGCGGCGACGCGGAAACACGGCGAACGCAGCCGCCGGGAGCAGAAGACAACAGAGAAAGAAGAAUGA